AUGGAAGUUGAUCCGCCUCCAGACACGACUGAUCCACCUACAAACUCACCGAAUACGAAUGAACAAUCAAAACCGGACGACGAACAGGAAGACGAAGAAUUCCUUAUCAUGGCUGACAUAGGACACGAUAUCGACCAGCAAACUGUUCUUGAACAUGCGACCAAGUCAGAAAUUCAUGCCAUUGACAUUGACGUACGACGUCGUCGAACAUCGAUGACAAUGCCAGCACGAGCGACCGAACUGAAGAGGCAGCAGCGGCAAGUAAUGGAAAUGGAAACGAUUUAA